AUGCGAUAUGGAAACCCGCAAGAGCCGGUUAUGGAUCAACUAGUUGAGCUAUUCUCGCAAGCAGCCCACCCCGCCCCAGGAGAGGAAGUGACGUGGUACGCCUACAGUCGACCCAAGCCGGAACAUGUCAAGGCACUGGCAAAGAGACUCAGCCGUUCCCAGGGCGUCGAACAUGCGCCACAAGACAUCAUCGUAACUGACGGGUCUUUGGCCGCACUGGAUCUCCUGGCCUUCGUCGCCCUGGACGAGGGAGAUGAGGCUAUUAUACUCUCGCCCGUGUACUUCAACUACCCAGUCAUCAUCCAGCACCGACAGGGCAAGGUGAAAUACGUGCCGGUGAACGAGGAAACUCUGGAGCCCGACGUCGAGGCAAUCCGACGUGCCAUCGGCCCACGCACAAAAUGCAUCUUUCUCAACACUCCCAACAACCCCACCGGCAAGGUGUACGGACGCCCUGUGCUCGAGCGGCUUGCACGGAUGCUCCAAGAGGUCAAUACGCAAAGGAACAGGCCGAUCUUCGUCGUCAGCGACGAGGCCUACCGACGUAUCCUGUACAGCGACGCCUGCUUUACCUCCAUCACGCAACUCUACCCUUAUUCAGUCUCGGUAUACACGACAGGCAAGACGCUUCUGGCACCCGGUCAGAGACUCGGAUACAUCGCCAUCCCCCAAAUCAUGCCCGCUCCGCAGCGCGAGGUGCUGCGGCGGGCCCUGACCGUGGCGCAGAACAGCGGCUGGGCCUUUCCCAGCGUCACCGUCAUGAACUGCCUCGACUCACUGUUGCAGAUACAGAUCGACCUCGGCGCGCUUGAGCGCAAGCGCGAUUACUUCUGCUGGCGCACCCGGAAUGCCGGAUACCGGGUGACGGUGCCUCAGGGCACGUUUUACGUGUGCAUCCAUAUUCCCCUCCACCAUGCGAGCCCCAGCGCCGAAGUGGUCGACUCCGAGAUUGGGUUCUGUCUGCUGCUGGCCAGCAGGGGAGUCCUUGUCAUGCCGGGGAGCCUUUUCGGGUGGCGAGACACUUUCCGCAUCUCGCUCACCGCCACGCACGAGUCCAUUGAGCACGCAUGUAAUGUGCUCGAGUCGGUAUGGUCCCCGCAAAGAGAACUUGCCGAAUAG